AUGAGCAAAACCAACAGAAAUCCUUCGCGGUGUGUGUUCAUUGGUAAUAUUGCCUAUGAUGCUCCGCUGGAAAAGUUGAAACAACUGUUCAAUGAGGCCGGAACAGUUGUAAAUUUUAGAAUGGUCUAUGAUCGUGAAACGAACAAACCAAAAGGCUAUGCUUUUUGCGAAUUUGGUGAUGAAACAAGUGCAAUGGCUGCGAUGAAGAAUUUGGAUGGAAGAGACUUUAAUGGAAGAAAAUUGAGAGUGGAUUUUGCUGAUAAUAAUAAGAUUAACAUGCCAGGAGAAGGAGAGGCUCCGAUUUCAUCAUCGGGAAAUAUUGGCGGAGGCUCCACUAUCACAUCAGGUCCCAUGAUGACUAAUGUAGGUAUGGGAAUGCCACCAAGAAACGAUCCUAGACUAGGUAAUCAAAUGGUGGAUAUGAAUCCUUCCAUGAUGAUGAGUACACCUAUGAUGACCGUACCUUCAUCGGGAAGCUAUGAUAUACUACAAGAUAUUUCUCAAGAUCCAGUCAUGGAUGCUUUAAAACAAAUUCCAAAACAACAACUCUAUGAAUGCCUUUUGGAAAUGAAAGAAUUAGUUCAAACAAAUCCAGAUUUAGCUCGACAAAUUUUAGCACAAAAUCCAACGUUAGCAGUAGUAAUUUUACACAUACAGUAUAUAUUGGAAAUGAUCAAUCAACCUUUUGUUCCAAUGGUAAUGCAACAACCUAAUCAAAUGGUGAUGCCAUCACCUCAAAUGCAAAUGCAACCUCCUAUGGGCGGCAUGGGAAUGGCUACUGAUCCUAGGAUGAAUAUUGACCCAAGAAGACCUCCACCACAACCACAACAACCAUCUUCGUCAAUGCCACCUAAUAGCGAGAUUCAAGCUAUAUUGUCUGGAAUGACUAAUGAACAGAAAGAGCAAAUAAUGAAUCUUAAUGAAGCUACGAUUCUCACACUGAACUCUGCUCAACAAACACAAAUUAGAAUGAUUAGAGAAUAUCUCCAAGCUGCACGAAGAAUGUAA